ACAGGGAGCUGUCUCAUUUCACUGACAUGAGAGGAAAAGUCUUAGUCACAAAGUGCUGUAGUGAUCAUUUCUAUUGUUUCUGUGGUUUCUGGGCAGGUAUAAAAGAAGAUGAAAGGCACUUGCUGUAAUAGCAACUGGAACAUCACAAGAAGACUGGCAAGUAGACACAUCUGUGCAGAUCAGGACUUCACCACAAUCUCUACAAGAUCAACAGUAAGUAGAUGAUGUUACCUUUUUAAGUUGAAGAUGUGUUUUAGUUAUUACAUAGUUUACUGUUCAUCACAAUGUUUUACCAUAGUUUAACCACUGUGUGUGAGCAGGAGUUCUACAUUUACAUAGCCUAAAAUAUCAUACAGCAUGUAAGCGUGUAUGUAUCUGUGUAUGUAAGUGUAUAUAUCUGUAUUUAAUACAUAUUUUAAUUAGACCUAGUAUGCAUUUUUCUUUAAUGUCUAGUUUAAGUUGAUAUUGUCCAAGGAAAUUAUUCAGAAAGGAGUGGAGUAGACUUACAAAGAACAAGCUUAAUUUUUCCAACCAAAUGUAUAACUGGCUUUUUUAUCCAGUUAUUGAUAUUUUAAUAUCCAAAUUUGUAUAAAGAAAAUUCAUUUGGGAAAAUGCUGAUGGAGUUUUUUAUUAACACAAACUGCUUCUAUAAAAAAAAUAUAUUUAUUCAAAAAAUGAGUAGCCUUAUUAUAUGGGAACAUAUCUGUACUAUUCUUACAUAACAUUUAUAUGCUGCAAUUUUUGUUUUGUUGUCCAUCUAGGUUUUGAUACAGAAAUUAAUACAGGAUAUGCUAUUAAAUGACUAAAGGGACAAGCUGAAGCCAAUCCUAAAAGCACGGUACAGUCCUUAGUGUAAAGGGUGUCGAAAUUUUAGUGAUAGACCUGAUGCUAAAGGAGCAGCAGGGUUGAAAAGAUGGGUAAAUACAGGCAUACCAACAGCAGAGGCAGAUAUAUAAUUUAAUACAGUUUUAAUUUAGAUGAGAAUAAUCUUUCUACAUUUUGUAGUUGUGUCUCCUGAGCUAGAAAUCCAUUUCUUUAUGGAAAAAAAAAAUAAAAUAAAAAAUCAAGUUUCAGUCUAUUGUGAUCCUCAUGCCCAAUGGCUGAUUUGUAUGUCAGUAACGGCACUUGUAUACUUGCAUUGCUCAUGGAAAAGGUUGCAUUAUUAAAUGUCCGAAUCCCCAGGACUGCUUUUAACUUGAUCAGCAUGGUCCAGUCGCAAAUUCUUUUUGUUUUAUGACAAAUUUCUUAUGCAGCAAUCCUGAUCUUUUUGUUACAUUUCUGCUAAGUUUUAUCAUGAAGAUCUCUUGCCAGUUCCAAAUGAAAUAAUCUCUUGUGCCUGCAAAUGGGGAAAGGAUAUUUAGGAUUCUCAGCAAAGAAAUGUAGAAAUUUACCAGGAAAUCUAUUCGCUGUUUACUGGUAUAUGUUACAAGUCCACCUGUGAUGUUCUGGGAGGUCCUGGGAUGAUGUAGCAUAGUAUAUUGCUCCACUUUUACUAGUGCUUAAAGGCUGAAAUUCAUGUUGCCAGGUGAACGAAUGACAAGAGAAAGAAAGAUUUUUGGUCAUACUAUCAACUUCUUGUCCUGUUGAUCAGAUUUGAAGAAGAGAGAAAAUGUUCCUGCCCCAGAGAUCUCUGCAGAUGGUUACAUUUUUGGCAAUUAUUUUUUUUGCCUGUUUUGCGACAUCUCAAGACACUGAAAAUAAAAGAGCAGUGACGGAGCAUCAGCUCAUGCAUGACAAAGGGAGGGCAUUUCAAGGGCUGAAGCGCCUGAUGUGGCUCCACAAUGCUCUAGGUAGUGUGCACACAGCCAGCAGCAGGGAUAUUUCACUUUCAGAUGCCAUGUGGGAUUCACAGAAGAGCCAAGAUACUUCAGAUCUCUACGACAGCAUCGGCAGAGAUGAGGCUUCAAGCCUGAUGAAACAACUGCUUGAACUGAUAGCAAAUGAGCAAGGCUUCCCCCUGUUGAAGAAGCUGGAUUUGCUGCAGUAUCUGAAGACCCCAAAGGGGGGGCAAACUUUUGCCAGGCCACAGAGGCAGCUGAUCCCACCAUUCCCAGCCUAAGCACUAGACAUUCACCUUCUUCUGCUGGUGAAAGAGAUGAGAAUCAGCUUCCAGAUUCCGUAUUUGAGCCUUUAAUUUGAAGACUUUCUACCUUUUCCCUGUCGUUGUGAAAACCCCUCUAAGAGCUCCCACAGCGUAUUACAUUUUCUGGGCAGAAAAACAACUUUUUGAUGUGACCUGCAUUACCUGACGGAGAAACAGAUAGCACAUGAUUCUAUUUUGCUAUUCACCUUUAAUGUCAAAGUGACCAGCUCUGCCUAAGCAAAGCAAGGUCCAGUUUAACCGCAAAAUCAGUCUUUCAGAAAUGAAAUCUGUCAAUUGUGUUACAAAUAUAUCUGCAUUUCCAUUACAUAGGGACUAUACACACCAUUUUAAAUCUUGAAAUUCCUCUGCUGCUGAUGGACUUCAACUGCACGUGCAGAGGGUAUUUCUCAGUGAUAGAUUCAAACCCCAAGAACUCCUUGAUGUUGUCAAUAAUAAAAACCUUUUCACCCUCUGAAUUGCUUUUUUUUUUUUUUUUUGGUAGAAAUGUAAAUAAAAUGAAAUAAUCUUUUGUUAAUCUCCACACAUUUGGGAUGAAUAUGGAAUCACCUUUCUUUCAUUGUGCUGUUUCACACAGCUCUCCCCAUUAGAUUCCCCAAGGCCAAUCAAACCAUUACUAAAAUGGGUAAUUUCAGAUGUUAAUGAUAAAGCAAGGGUUGGGAGCAGAAGCAGGUUCAGAGAAAAACAGACUGUACUGCCCAAAUAACAGUUUUGUUGAGCUGGGCCGUGGCAGCCCUUUUUCGCCUGAACAAAUCUCCAGACUGUUGGAGACUUCAGUCAGGCAAUGACACCGAGACGACUUGACUUUGAAAAGCUCAUAACUUCUGGGAAAAGGCCUUGUCCUGUCUGCCAUACUGCGCAGGUCAGCCGACUUGGCCUCACAGAUGCGCUUCCCUCAGCCUGCAUGGCCAUUUUCUGGGCCUGAGCUACAGGAGGCUGAGGCACUGGGAUGCCAGCACCUAUACCUAGUUAUGCCUCACCCGUGGUCACCACAUGGUGACGCAAAGUAUGGCACCCCUGAGGGGGCAAGGACAAAACAACCUUCCGUCCACCACAUAGAAGCUGCAGGUUAUGGUGCCUUUGGCAGAGGCGGGAGGACAGGGCCUCCCGUGCCUGCAUGAGCACUGCAGACAGGCUACCACCUUAUGGCUUGAAGCAGCUUUUCCUCUAGGUGGGCUCAAAGAACGAUUGGAACCAGAAUACGCGGAUUUUAUCGCCGCCCGGAGCUGGCAAAAGACAGCCCCCUGCAGCGCCCCCGCCCCGCCCCCACAGCGCAACGCGCAAG